UAUAAAUAUAGAGACUAUGUUGUGUUUCAAGGCAUGCAAAUCAUGGUGUCGACCAAUACUAGCCUAUCCUUUAAAAUUAUCAAGAAAAGCUCAAUGCUAGUCUCUCCAGCAGAAUCCACACCCUACGAAUUCAAAUAUCUCUCUGAUAUAGAUGAUCAGGGUGGCCUGCGAGCAUAUAUUCCAAUAGUAUAUUUGUAUCCAAAAAAUCCUUCCAUGGAAGGGAAAGAUCCUGUAAAUAUUAUUCGUGAUGCGAUUGCCAAAGCCUUGGUCUUUUACUAUCCGUUGGCCGGACGAUUGAGGGAAUUUGAUGGUGGAAAGUUGGUGGUAGAAUGUACCGGCCAAGGAGUGGUGUUCGCCGAGGCUGACGCCGACGUGAUGUUGCACCAAUUUGGAGAUCCCCCCUAUCCACCCUUCCCCAACAUGGAAGACCUUCUUCACAUGUCAAACCACAAUCAAAUCAUUGAUCGUCCUUUGUUGCUUAUUCAGGUUACACGCCUAAAAUGUGGUGGAUUUAUCUUUGCGUGUGGGUUCAGUCACCCAAUGUGCGAUGGUUACGGCUUUAACCAAUUUAUGUCUGCUGUGGCUGAACUUGCUCGCGGCGCCUCACUCCCUUCUAUUCUACCAGUUUGGGAGAGGCAUCUCCUCAGCGCGCGUCGCCCGCCGCGCGUCUCAUUCACGCACCAUGAAUAUGAUGUUGUAUCUCAUCCUCAUCCUGAUCUUGAUCUCGACCAAAUGGUAGAGCGCUCCUUCUUCUUUAGCCCUGCCGACAUCUCCGCCCUCCGCCACAGUCUACCGCCACAUCUCCGGAGUUGUUCCAAUUACGAUAUCGUGGCAGGCUGCGCAUGGCGCUGUCGAACAAUCGCUCUCUCUCCCAAACCUGAUGAACAGAUUAGAUUCUUGGGUGUUUCGGAUAUUAGAAAGCGAAUGAAGCCUCCGCUUCCAGUGGGCUACUAUGGAAACGUUAUAGCCUUCCCCGCCGCUGUCACAACUGCUGGGGAAUUAUCAAAAAAGCCGUUAGAGUAUGCGGUGGAGCUGGUGAGAAAAGCCAAAAACCAAGCAACGGAUGAGUACCUUAGAUCAGUGGCGGAUCUGAUGGUGACGAGGGAUCGGCCAAAUUUCACGGCGGCCAACACUUAUUUGGUGUCGGAUUUGACGCAUUUGGGUUUGGAGCUACUAGAUUUUGGGUGGGGCAAUGCAGCGUACGGUGGGGUAGCUAAAGCAAUUAAUUGGUUUCCUAAUGAAGUAAGUUGGUAUAUGUCCUAUAAGAAUAAGAUGGGCGAGGUUGGCACAAUGGUUCCUAUUUGCCUAUCGCCCAAAUCCAUGCAACUCUUUGUUAAACACCUACAAAUCAUGAUGACUGCUGCUCGGACAACUUCAGCUUUGUAAAUUACAUACAUCUGUACUUCCAACUUUAUGUUCUCAAUCUUGUACUGUGUUUGAUAAUUAGCCAAAUAAGAUAGGUGAUCUAUGAUAUUACACAAAUCCCUACAAAGUGUCAUCAAAUCAUGUAAUAGUUAUGUAUUUUAAUUAUAUUUAAUCAUUUUAUGUUUAUUAUCCCGUUAGGGAUGAUCACUAAAA